AUGGCCCCUGGUAUUCUCUCCCCCGUUCCGGGCAACGUCUCCUCUUCUUUCUAUUCAACUAGACCCGUCAACUCUAGACAAGUCUCUGCCAUGUCUGGAGUAUUUGACAGUGACAGCAUUUCCAACGCCGGUAUGUCUCGCGGUACAUCUCGCCGCGAGUCUAUGAUGCCGCGGUCAUUUUAUACUGCCGGCAGCAGUAAGCUUUCCAACAUGAUCCAGAGCCUUCAACACCAGAGCAGCCGUGAAAUGGAUCUUGGCGACUCCUCAGUUCUUUUCAACACGGAUUACAUCUCAAUUCGUGAUUGGAUUGCCGCCGAGCGCAUGAGCCAUCUCCCCGCAGAGGGAAGCAGCUAUGACAAGGUUCUCGCGUGGGCACAGCUAUUCGCCGAGAGACUCAACUCCUUUGAUGCCGCUAUCCGUCAAUUCGAGGGUGGCAGUCUGCUCGCUGCUCGACUUGCAUUCGGCUACUGCGCCUUGCUUCUCCAGUUAGGCAAGGACGAUGCUCCGGCCCUGAUGGCAUCCUUUGGCUUCUUCUACAGCACAUCCUCCACCCUCGUGAACCUCCUCGAGCGAACAGAGCUCUUUACCGUCUCCGGAGAGAUCAAGGAGCAGCUGGUAGACGCUUUGGCUGACCUAGUCAACUUGGUCGCCAGUGUUUCAACCACCUUCCACAAGUCAAUUGAUGAGAUUGUCGAGCAGUCCAUCACAAUCAACAUCUACGAGAAGUUCAGCACCGAGCUUGAGUCCUUCCGGGGCCGCUGUGCGUCUAUCUCUGAUGCCAUGUGGCGUCACCAGCUUGUGCAAGAGCACAGAGACCCCCAGGAUGUCAAGUUGGUGAAGACUAUUCGCACUUGGCUCUCACCCGAGGACCGUGUCCUCAGCCACCUCGCUGAGAACACCUCCCAUCUCGCCCAUGAGCGCGAGGAGAUGACCUGUCUCUGGAUGAAUCCUUAUCUAACUCACUUCCUGAAGGGUGACAAACGCACACUUGCCUUCACUGGAGCUCCUGGAUCUGGAAAGACUGUCCUUGCUUCCGUCAUCGUCGAUCGCCUGCAAGACCAGAUUGCUGGUGUAUCCUAUAAGAGCUUGUUCAUUCCCAUCAACGCUCGCAUUCCCGCUGAGACUACUCCUAUUGCCAUCGCGAAGACCAUUCUCUUCCAGCUGUUCGAGAAGCGUAUCGGCAACGUCCAGCUGCUGUCCAUCCUGCGUGAUGCAUAUGAAACAAGCAAGCGUACCACCAAUGAGAUUGACUACGAGAACAUUCUCUGGAACGCUCUUGAGCACGCCCUUGCCGCUGCCCUUCAACGUGCCAAGGAACUUGUGAUUGUCGUCGAUGGCAUUGACGAGGCCUCGUGCGGCGAGAAUGCCUUGCUGCAGAAGCUCACUUCCGCCACCGCAAACGGAACCAAUGUCAGGUUGAUCACCCUCGGCUCUGAGAAGCCUCAGACCGCCUCUAACCUGAUGCAUGUUCCCAUUGCCGGUGACCGUGUUGCCGACGACAUUGCUACUGUCGUCCGCAGCCACUUCACCAACAGCAACCGCAAGGCCGACACCAAGGUCUUCAAGGCCAUGAAUGAGCUUGAGCAGGAAACCCUUGUUGAUCAGAUUAGUGAGGCUGCUCGUGGUUCCUUCUUGUGGGCUAAGCUUUGCACCAAGCGUGCUCGCCAGGAGCACAGCCCAGAGAACUUGCGCAAGGUCGUUGAUACCCUGGUCAAGGGCAAGCCCACCAUUGCCGACUUUGUUCUCCAUGCUAUCCAGUCUACCGAGGUCACUGAGGAUGCCAAGCUCAUGUUGGUUUUCCUUGCCACUGCCGAUCGUCCGCUUUUGACCCGCGAACUCAUCACGCUGGCCUCCAUCAACACCGAGAAACAGGUUGUCACCGAUUACAAGGUUGACCUUCGCAAAAUUCUGAAGCCGCUUAACUCACUUGUAUUCCUUCAGGACGGUCAGGUCUACCUGCGUCACGGUCUGAUCCGAACCGCCGUUUUGGAUGUGUUCACCAAAGGCAAGUUGACUACCACCAUCAAGGACCGCCACACUGAUCUAGUGACUCGUCUCCUGAUCUAUAUCAAGCACACUGUCACUGAGCAACACGAACCGUCUCUGCUUCCAAUGGAUAGCCGUGAUGUUGCUCCUCGUGUGCGUACCGGGCCUCUGCUGGACUUUGCCAUUAGAUACUGGCCUCGUCACUUGAAAGAGUCUCCCACCUUCAACAGUGGCGACAUUUCCAAGGACUUUGGCAAGAUCUUCCCUGCCUCUGUUACCCUCUUGCUUCUCCAGACCACCCUUUGGAACAACUACGCGACUCCCACUCUGGUCUCAUACCAGGGCAUUGUUAGCAAGAUCUGCCACCAGAUCUUGGGCCCCAACCAUGUGGUGACUCUCCAGUCCAUGAUCUCGCUUGCCGUCCUGUACCGCGAUCUUAACCAGCUCCCCGAGGCUAUCAACCUAUUUUACCAGAUCACGACGAUCAGUCGCACUUUGCUCGACGUCAACCAUGUCGUGACCCGGGAAAUGGCACUCCUCUUCCUCACUCUCACCGAGGAUUUGGUUACUGGUACCAAGUCGGAGAUCAUGACCCAGCGUGAGCAGGUUUUCAUUCUGAUCAUUGAGUGCUACACGGCUUACUACGGAGAGAAGUCCGAGAAGACGAUCUCAAUGGUCAAGUCUUUGAUCGCCCACUACAACGUGACCCAGGAGACUGAGAAGGAGCAGCAGUGGAACAUCAAGAUUCAAACUCGCACCACCACUGAAUACGAUGGUGAGGAUUCUCGGGAGUGGACUCUUCGUCUCAAUGGCCACAAGCAGCAAAAUGGCUUCCAGGGCGUUUUCUUCGACCUUGCUGCUGAGUCGGACGAGGUUCUUGACAAGUCGCAGUGGUCCUUCGAGUCCCAGAUCAAGCAGGCUGAAAGGUACGUCGCUGAGGGACAUUUGGAUUGGGCCGAGCGCUUGUACAUUGAGAUCUGGCAACGCGUCAGCAGCGGUCACUCGGAAGACGAGAAAUUGAAGGCUGUUCUGGAUUACUCCCGCUUCCUUCAGUCUCAGAAGAGAACCUCCGAGGCCUCCUCCAUUCUUUCCAGUGUGUGGGAGGAGCACAAGAACUCCAGUGCGUCUCUCUCCGAGACUUCUACUUCACACUUUGAGCAGAUUGCUAAGGUGAUGUCAACUGUCGGUCUCUCCGUUGCUGCUUUGAGCAUCUUCAAGCGUUGCUCCGAGUACUACCAGCGCACAAACAAGACCCAGUCUUCCUCAUACCAGGAGAUCCAGAAGAGCAUUCAGACUUCUGAGCAGCAUGUUCUGAAGCAGGCCAGCUCUUCCUCGUCCCACAUCUCCGAGGAGAUCUUGGAGCAGAUUAUCACCGAGGCUUCUUCCUCUUCUAAGAUUGACGAGACUUCGAUCACCGCGCUUCGCACUCUUCUGAAAGUCUACACUUCCGAGCACCGCUGGAAGGAUGCUUCUCAGGCCCUCAAGAAGAUCCUGCGUGGUCUCUGGCCCUCUUUGUUCGCUCCUUCCAUUCAAGAUGUGACCCUGCCCAAGCAGCACGUUGACCAGGCCGUGGACUACGCCAACCAGCUCAGCCGAUGCUACCACUUCCGUCGCCGCGUUCCCCGCGAGGAGAGUAUUCGCACUCGCGUGUAUCGAGCUGUUCGAGUUGCCCGUCCUGUUGAAGACAAGAUGAGAACCGAUGUCACCACUCAGCUUUUGAACUUCUUUAAGACCUCUUCUCAGCCUGACAAGGACUUCAGCACUCGUCAAGAGAUUCUGGAUGACUACACCAAGCACUAUGGUUCUGACCACCCUACUGUCCUGAAGACUCUCUUCGACUUGGCCGAGGUUGCUCGCCCUCGCCCUAUCUUCAUCGAGUACUACCAGCGCAUCAUCUCGAUCUUGAACAAGGACUCGCAGGUCUGCAAACCUGAAGCUUUGGAGCCGCUCAUCAUCGUCGCCACAGAACUCUGGACCCAGAGCCGUUAUUCCGAGGCUGUGCCAUACUUCAGAGUGCUUUUCGCUACCUUCCUGAACCAGCCCAAGCAGAACCCCAAGUUCCAGGAUGUUUCCUUCGUGCAGGACGUCUUCACCCGCUAUACUCACUGCCUUCGUAUCAUCCGUACUGAGUUCACUGAUAUUCACAAGGUCACCCUUGAGUACCAGUCCAAGUGUAAGGCAGUGUUUGGCGCUACUGCAUCAAUCACCAUCCAGGCUACCUUGACUCUCGCCAAGUUUUGCUCAGAGUCCAAGACCUUUGAAAACGAUGCCAUCACUCUCUACCAACAGUUGAUUGACAGCAAGUCCCAGGAGAUUGACAUUGAUGAGAUCACUGCGAUCCUUGAUGGUAUCUUCGAAGAGCAGACCGAGGCUCUGUCCAAGUCUGACUCGAUCUCUGCUACCCACCGCGAGGGCGCUACCCGUGUCCUAACCAAGCGUAUUCGCAAGGUUCGUGAGACCUACGGCUGGGCCCACGAGGAGUCUCUGUCCAAGCUCAAAGAGGUUGUCGCUUUCCACUCCAAGCACAGCGAUAUUCAGACUGUCAACACUGAGCUCCAUGAGUCCACCAAGCAGAUCUUGCAAUCUGAGACCUCUUCCCAGCAGCUUGUCUCCGCGGCCACUACCAUCGCUGCAAGCUACAUUGCGACCAAGCAGGCUCACAAAGUCGUUGAGCUCUCCCAGGAGCUGUAUCGUCAGAUCAUCAUGAAGGACACCUCCAAGUCCAAGGAGGUCCAGCUAGAUGUCUCAUCUAAGGGCCGCCACAGCCUUGGAUUUUUGGCUCAGCUGGAACACAGCGUUCGCCAGGGCUCUUCUAGCGUCACUGAGAUUCUCGCCACUUUGACCACUCAGUAUGCUUACUUUGAGGAGUUCCGCAGCGUGACUAAGAGCAAGAGCAGCUCCUUCCACGAGGUUUCAGUUUCCGCCACUCGCCUUUACCAAUUCUUGCUCUCUCACCGUCGCGAGGCUGCUGCCAACCGUGUCUUCGAUGACUUUGUGGCCUACUUCAUUGCCACGGAAGGCAGGAAGACCAAGGUCACUGACACCGCCCAGGUGAAGGUCUUCCUCCAGACCAUGAUCGGUUAUCUCACCACCCACGAGUCGCACAACUUCGUUCGCUCGGUUGGUAUUGCCAGCAACGUCCAAGUUCUCGAGCUUCUCCAAGCCAAGAACUAUGACGGCGCCUCCAAUCUUGCUCUCGCUGCCUUCCAGUACAUCUCGGCCCACGAUGUCUUCCGUAGUCCCGAGAUUGUGAAGUUCGUGUUCACCCUGGGUGUGUUCAUCUCCGGCCACACCAUCAUCCCCCAGCCCAGCCAGGCCAUCCUGAAGAAGCUGCGUGGCGUGUCCGUGAUCAUCAUCCAGGAGGUCCUGCGUGUUCUCGCCGAGCUGAAGAUCAACCUGGCCCAGAUCAACCUGGACUACCUCAACGUCCUCGUCGGCCUCCUUGGAGAGCAGCAGGACUACAAGAACCUGGUCUGGAUCCUCGGCGACCUGUGGAACAGCCGCAACAAGCUGCCUAACUGGUCUUCGAUUCUCACUCUCGACCUGGCCCGUCGCUAUAUCCUCGCCCGCUACAUGGCCGGCGACUCUAUCAAGGCCGCCCGUCUUGCCGAGGACAUCGUGUACAACUGCCGUCGUGUCAACGGUGCACGCCACUCCAGCACCCUGGAGAUGUCCACCCUGUUGUCUCAGAUAUACACUGGUAUCGCCCAGCGGUACCAGGGUGAGAAGACCGGCCAGCACAUGGCCAACAAGUACUAUAAGAAGAGUGCCAGCGUACACGAGAGCCUUCUCCGCAUCUUUGUCGAUCCUUCCUUGGCCGAGUUUGAAGGUUCCUUGGAGGCCAGCUUCAGCAUGGACGGCUCCGCUUACGACCUGAACAUUAACGAGUCGAUCAGUUCGUUGACCGAUGGUGAACAGGUUCGUCAGCACCUCCAGCUUCUCAAGCUCUCCGUGCAGCGUCUGGGUGAUUGGCCCAAGGACUACAGCGAGUAUGAGAGCCUCAAUGCCAGCCUGUACGAGUUAUUCGGAGCAGAGCUCAAGGGCUUUGAGGGUGUUGAGAAGUGGAACUUGAAGAACUUUGGUUCCGGCAAGGCUGCUAGCAACGAGGACACUCUUGACCUCAAGGCUAUUUCUUGGGAGCUGAACAUUGGUCAGCUUCAGGAACCUGAAGAGGAGCUAUGA